AAGCUUCCAAGGUUGUUCACAUCGUUGUUGCCCAUUUUGUUUGUUUCGAUCCUUUGACCGCCCUGGAUAAUCAGCCGCGUGUACACUUUGCCGCUCUGACACCUCUGAUCAUCCGCGAAUCCCCCAUCUUUGAUCUUCAGCUCUUGUUUCCCCCAGUUUAUUUUUUGCUAGCCCACUAUGUCGCUGGGCGAGGAGCUCCGAUCGCGCAAUUUCAGCAUCUAUGGACAAUGGACGGGUGUGCUAUGUAUUAUCCUUUGCCUUGCGCUAGGAAUUGCGAACAUCUUUUCGUUCAAUGUGGUUCUGAUUAUCAUCAGUGUCAUCAGCAUUGCCUCGGCAUUCGUAAUCCUCUUCAUUGAAGUACCCUUCCUCCUCCGAAUUUGUCCCACAUCCCCGACAUUCGAUGCCUUUAUCCGCCGCUUUACAACCAACUGGAUGCGCGCCCUCAUUUACGCCGUCCUUGGUGGUAUCCAACUUAUCAGUCUUGCCGAACGUGCUUCUAGCUUGAUUGCUGGUGCCGUCUUCCUCUUCAUUACGGCUGUGUUUUAUUCGCUCGCGGCCCUGACGAAGCAAGAAUUUGUUGGUAGCAAAACGCUGGGCGGCCAGGGAGUUGCGCAGAUGAUUGUCUGA